UGUGUGUGCAAAAAGUAAAUUUUAUGUUCAGUCCAAAGUAAAGGAAAGAAUUAUUGAUGAUUGAUGAAUGACUGAUAGGUCUAUUCAGGUGAGAGUUGAAGUUUUUUUUUUUUUCUGAAACUGUUGACACUGAAAAUGGUACACCCCCUAAGGCUCAGUCAUUUGUCCAGUCCUCUUUCAUGUAAUGAGAAAUGACAUCUUUCAAAAGGUUCACUAAUGUUUUGGGAAGUUUUAUUUGAGGAUGGUGGCGCCAUCUGGAGGCGAGGGGAAAUAUUUUUCGUUUCUUCUGCCAUACUUAGAAGGCCUUGGACCAGGUUGUUCAGUGAAGAGAUUGCGCAUGAUUUAUCAAGUCAUGUUAAGAUCUUCUUAUCAUGAUAAGAUCUUCAUGACUUGAUAUCAGGGCAACUUUUUCUAUCUGAAUUAUCUGAAUGUUUUGUUGGGAAAUCAUGAAUGCUUUAGCAUUUGCAAGUAAAAAUUAGAGCUUCAGUGGCGACAAGCAUGGAAAGAAAAGUGAGGAGGUUGGCAUUAUUUCUCUUUGGACUCAUUUGUUUAAAGAAAGAGGCAGAUGAUAAAGUCUGGGAGAAGGGAUGAUGUUCUAACUAGGCUGAGACUGGGGCAUUUGUGGUCUAGUCAGCUAUUUAACGUUCUAUACCAGCGUGGAAAUUUGGAAACAGCCCAAUAUAUUGUAUUCUCACAUAAAAAUCUUAAAAUCAACUGACCCUCGUUUUAAAAUAUAUGAUUAACAACAAAUCCUUGUCUGUGGGGGGCAGCCGUGUGCUUCACAGUGUGCGGCCUGCCUGAAAUUGAAUUGAAGAAGAGCCCUGAGCUCGCUUUCGUGCAUGAGCAUGCGCAGUGGGACGAGAACGCUUGAACCACGUAGCAGCAUCAGCGUUUGUGGAAAAAAAAAAGCAGCUGCAAUAAACAAAUCCACGGCCACCAAACAGUUGUAACGGGCCGUUGAAAAUGGCGAGGUACCUGAGGCCUCCUAAUACGUCUCUUUUCGUCAGAAACAUCGCUGACGAGUCCAGAAUGGUAAAGAUACUGUUCUGGAGACCCCACACCAAAGAAAGUUGAAAGGCGGUUGUAGAGUAGAUUCAAGCCAAAGACACCCAGGCGACAAGCAAUAGUGGAAUUGGGAAAAUAAAGAGAGAGCAAAAGCAUGAAGAUACAAAGAGGAGAACAGAGAGCACCCAGGCUUCCAUUUGUCUACCAAAGGGAGGAAAAGCAAAGUGUUUAUUGGGCAAAGACAAGCAGGAAACCUCAAGUUCUUCUGCCAAGACAAUAAAGAUCAAGCUGAAGGUCAAAGGUCAAGCAUGUUAAAGGUAACAAGCCAAACUUUUUAUGUGCGGGAUGCAGAAGAUGCUCUUCACAACCUGGACCGUAAAUGGGUUUGUGGACGUCAGAUCGAGAUCCAGUUUGCCCAGGGAGACCGCAAGACCCCAAACCAGAUGAAGGCGAAGGAGCGCCAUUCCCCUCGCAGUUUCUCCCGCUAUGACGAUGAUCGGGAUAGCCGCCGAAGACGAUCCCGGAGCCGCAGCUAUGAACGCCGCAGGUCCCGGAGCCCCUCCUAUGAACGCCGCCCUCGGAGGUCUGAGAGCCCUAGAGACUCUCGGUCCUACAGUCGACAUAGACGGAGCAGAAGCCAUGAAAAUGACAAGUACAGAGGUCCUCCUCGCGACCACCACAGAACACACCAUGAACCAGGCUCACACAGCCGCUCUGCGUCCCGCUCCCCUUCACCCUCCAGAUCCAGGCCCAAAGGCAAAAAGAGCCAGUCCAGGUCCCACAGCCCAGCUGAAGAGUUCAACCCAACCUCCAGCUCCCAGAAACAGUCUGUGGGACGAUCUCCAUCCCGAUCCUACUCUAGAUCCAUGUCCCGAUCACGCUCUCGCUCCAGAUCCUGGGCUGGACGUAAAUCUGGAGGUCACUGACUGUCCGGUCUUCCAAAGCCCGCUAUUUAUCAGUCUCUGAGGAUGUUUCUGUUCAGCUUUCAACUUAUGAUAGCUAGAGUGUUAUGCUCUAUGUUUGCAUUUGUUUUCAUCAAAUCAUGAAAUAAUUUGUUGCCAAAGGAAAGGGCAGUAGUUUAAGUAGCGGGAACUGAGAUAUUUUUUUGAAGCAUAGUGCAAAAUGUUUUUGUUUUUAUGGAAUGAAAGCUAAGUUGAUGCCUGGAAAGUUUUGCGAGGUUGAGUUUAUUUUGGACUUGAGUAAUGUGGGCUGUUGAAGGUGGAGAUAUUAUGGCUUGGCUUUGCCAAUAUUUUUGUACUUUGAGUCAGCAAUAUUUAAAGUCAUAUAAUUGUUUGUUUGAUACCUGUCUUUGUUCAGUGUAUUAUGUAAAGAUGAAUAAAAAUGAAAUUGAACUUCAGGCCAGUAUUACCAGUACUAAUUGCCCUGACUCUACAUGCCUGGUUUCAGGGGCACUGACAGAACAGGCAAACUGUAGUAGUGGUUUCUGUAGUCACGAUGGCAAUAGAUGAUGAAUGGGAUGUCAUCACCUGCUACUUAAUUUUUUGUCCCCUAAUUUGUUAUGUGGCAGUAUGUUUAAGAUGUGCUGCAUUUAUUUCUCAUGUACUUUGAUCAGUGAGUGAAAAAGUCAAGUGUUCCUUAGUAACGUUAUCCUCAUUUUAAUGGUUUAACUUCAUAUGCUUUAUCAAUAAAGAAAUAAA